GAUUCCAAUCCAAAACUCAGUUUAUAAAUAAUAAUCACAAUGUGGCCAACGAUUCCCUCUUCCCAUAUCGAUUUACAAAUUCAUCACUGUACUGAGAUUUGUGAAUCCUACAAUGGCAGAAUUAUCUCUUCUUCGAGACUCCUACUUUCUCGGAUUCGACAGUUCCACUCAGUCGUUAAAGGCCACAGUGUUGGACUCCAACCUCAAAAUCGUAGCCUCAGAGCUUGUUCAUUUUGAUUCCGACUUGCCCCAUUACAAAACCAGCGAUGGGGUUUACAGAGACCCCUCUGGCAGUGGCCGAAUUGUUUCACCCACCUUGAUGUGGGUGGAGGCUCUUGACCUAAUGCUUCAAAAGCUUUCAAAAUCAAAUUUUGAUUUUGCCAAGGUUGCUGCUGUUUCUGGGAGUGGCCAACAGCAUGGUAGCGUGUAUUGGAAGAAUGGUAGUUCUCAGAUACUGUCAGCAUUGGAUCCUAAGAGGACAUUGUUGGAUCAGCUUGAACAUGCUUUUACCAUUAAGGAAUCCCCAAUUUGGAUGGAUUGUAGCACUACUGCAGAGCGUAGGGCUAUAGAGAAGGCUUGUGGAGGGGCCUUGGAGUUGGCUCGUAUAACGGGAUCGCGUGGAUAUGAGAGAUUUACUGGUCCCCAGAUCAAGAAAAUAUUUGAUACUCAACCAGAAGUUUAUGACAGCACUGAAAGGAUUUCGAUUGUUAGCUCAUUUAUGGCGUCUCUUUUUGUUGGUGGUUAUGCUGCCAUUGAUCAUGCUGAUGGUGCAGGCAUGAAUUUGAUGGACAUAAAGGAAAAAACAUGGUCUAAAGUAGCACUUGAGGCAACUGCCCCUGGUUUGGAGUCAAAACUUGGAGCCUUAGCCCCUGCUUAUGCUGUUGCUGGAAAUAUUGCUUCCUAUUUUGUACAGAGAUAUCACUUCAACAAGGAUUGCUUGGUUGUUCAAUGGUCAGGAGACAAUCCCAACAGUUUGGCAGGUUUGACCCUAAAUAUUCCUGGAGAUCUCGCCAUCAGCCUCGGCACUAGUGAUACUGUAUUUAUGAUCACAGAAAAUCCUAAUCCAGGAUUGGAGGGACAUGUGUUCCCUAAUCCAGUUGAUGCAGAAGGUUACAUGGUAAUGUUGGUAUACAAAAAUGGGUCCCUUACCCGAGAAGAUGUGCGCAACCGUUGUGCAGAGAAAUCAUGGGAUGUUUUCAAUAAAUUUCUGGAGCAAACACAACCUCUAAAUGGUGGAAAGUUAGGUUUCUACUACAAGGAGCAUGAAAUUAUACCUCCUCUUCCAGUUGGUUUCCACCGCUAUGUCAUAGAAAAUUUCUCAGAUUCGUUAGAUGGACUCAAGGAACGGGAAGUGGAGGAGUUUGAUCCUCCAUCCGAGGUACGUGCAUUAAUUGAGGGUCAAUUUCUCUCAAUGCGGGCUCAUGCUGAAAGGUUUGGAAUGCCUUCUCCUCCAAGGAGAAUUAUAGCCACUGGUGGAGCAUCAGCAAAUAAGUGCAUCCUUAGCUCAAUAGCUUCAAUUUUUGGCUGUGAUGUUUACACAGUUCAAAGACCAGAUUCAGCUUCACUUGGAGCUGCAUUGAGAGCUGCUCAUGGCUUGCUCUGCCAUAAGAAGGGCAGUUUUAUACCCAUAUCAGAAAUGUACAUGGACAAAGUGGAAAAAACUUCUCUGAGCUCCAAACUUGCAGUGCAUGCUGGAGAUCAGGAGCUGGUUUCAAAGUAUGCAUCCAUCAUGAAAAAGAGAAUUGAGAUAGAGAACCAUCUUGUCCAAAAGUUUGGACGCUCUUGAAACAUCUAACUAGUUAUUUUUUUUUAUCAUUUAAAUGUUAGUUUGGAGUAAUUUGUUAAUUGAAAAGUUGAACUCAUAGUCUCUUAAUUUUAUUUUUUUUCUAAAUUUAUCAAAUUAAUUUUAUAAUUUUCAAAUGUUAA